UAUGGACCUCUCCUUCUCUCUCCCACCCAACCCCAAAGUAACUAGGACAACUGGCAAGUUUGAUUCUUCUUCAAACAGAUCCAUGUAUAUUAAGGCAAAGGAUAGAGCCAAGCACAAGUAUAGCCUAGGAUUUUGAGGGAGAUUUACUUGGUCUCAUUACAUACUUGUGCUCUCUUUUUUUCCCUCUUCUUCUUAUAAAUAGAAACAUACAAGGAGGAAACAGGCCAUACAUCCUACUUUCCAACUCUCCACACCUCUCUCCCUCUACUCUACAAGAAAGAAGUCCUGCACCCAAGUGUGCAGAAACGUCGACUCAAUGAAUACAUCAACGUCUGGAUGUAGUAGCGGAUGUGAAUCGGGAUGGACCAUGUACUUAGAUCAACUCUCGAAUUCCACUGAUCCAUACAGAAGGGCUUUUGUGCAGAACUAUAAAGAGAAAGGAGAACGCGUAAACCGGCAGGACGAAGAGGCCGAGGAUCUGUCCAUGGUCUCGGAUGCAUCGUCAGGGCCGCCUCAUCUGCACGAACACUACACGGGCGAGAAUCAGUACUAUGGCGGCUACGCGUGUUCCGUUCCAGAAAACAAAACGGCCAAGAGUAAAACAAAAGAGCCAAGGAUCAAGAAGCAGCACAACCUGUGUCUUGACGACACUGCUAGCUCCUCAGUCUUUCAUUUCUCUCAGGACAAUGUAGCUCCUCCGGAGAACCAUAAUUCGGUCAAGCAUGUUCCUACCUUCUCACAGGGUGAAUCUGUACCAAGGAAGCAGUUUGGUUUCUUCACAUCAUCCAAAAAAGGGAAAUCAUCAGGUGAGUAUUUUUGUGAGGGUCAAGAAAUUGUUGAAUGGAAAAAAACAAUGGUUUGAGGGCCUAAUUUUUGCCUAUUCUGCUGCCGCUGUGUUUUGCCAUACGUGCGUUUUUGUCAGGAGGUUUGCUGGGGAGAAAGAGGCAGUAAGAGUGCAGCUUUCUGUCUAUAUAUUGUGCUGCAAAUUGCAAUUGCCCCAAGAGAUUAUGGGAUUCUUCAAGUAAAAGCAAAAUGGCUGUUUCAAUUUUGAACAUCUUUCUUAAUUUGUAUCUCUUUUAUCAUC